GUUCACUCACUUCUGCAACGACUACUCCAUCUUCAAGAACCCCUAUCGCCGACACUAACACUCCUACUGAUCUUCCCUACACAAUGGAAGAAAGCAGACAAAAAGAUAGCAUCCUUAAUAAUUCUAGCGGCGCGACAUCUCAUAGCCCAAAACUGGAAAACCACCAGUUGCCCUUCCCGAAAAGACCUACUUGA